UGCUGGAACUCCGUCAUGCUGAUCGACGGGAAGGAGGAGGCGGUCAAGUCCUGCCUGUCGCCCUCCGAGAUGAAGGGCCAGGUCUUCUGCUACAGCUCCCGAAACGUGUCCAAAAGGAACUGCUGCUUCACCGACUUCUGCAACAACGAGACGCUGCACCUGCACCCAGGUAAAGGAGCCGAACGACCGCUCUGGGGUCGGCUGGAGCUGGCGGCGGUGAUCCUGGUGCCCUCUUGCCUGCUGUGUGUGGGUAUCCUUCUGGGAGUGUGCACCGCACAGGGACAGCGUUGCAUCUACGGCAAGACCCGCAAGCACGACGUGGAGGAGGCCCUAGACGACCAGACUCUCAUGUCCCCCGACAAGUGUCUGAAGGACCUCAUCUUUGACAUGAGCACCUCGGGGUCCGGAUCUGGGCUUCCGUUACUGGUCCAGAGGACGAUCGCCAGGACCAUCGUCCUGCAAGAGAUCAUCGGGAAGGGCCGGUUCGGGGAGGUGUGGAGGGGGCGCUGGCGGGGGGAGGACGUGGCGGUGAAGAUCUUCUCAUCGCGGGACGAGAGGUCAUGGUUCCGCGAGGCGGAGAUCUACCAAACCAUCAUGCUCCGACAUGAGAACAUUCUGGGUUUCAUCGCUGCCGACAACAAAGAUAAUGGGUCGUGGACACAGCUGUGGCUGGUGUCAGAGUACCACGAACACGGAUCCCUGUUCGAUUACCUGAACAGGUACACCGUCUCUGUGGACGGGAUGAUCGUCCUGGCCCUCUCCAUCGCCAGUGGACUGGCCCACCUCCACAUGGAGAUCAUCGGCACUCAGGGAAAGCCGGCCAUAGCUCACAGAGAUCUGAAGUCCAAGAACAUUCUAGUGAAGAAAAACAGUACGGCUGUCAUUGCUGACCUGGGUCUGGCUGUGAAACACGACUCCAUCACCAACACCAUCGACAUACCAGUCAAUCACAGAGUGGGGACAAAGAGGUACAUGGCCCCAGAAAUCCUGGAUGACACAAUCAAUAUGGGAAGCUUUGAGUCGUUUAAGCGGGCGGACAUCUACUCCUUGGGCUUAGUGUUCUGGGAACUAGCGCGGAGGUGUUCCGUGAGAGGAAUCUAUGAAGAUUAUCAGUUGCCUUACUAUGACCUGGUGCCUUCGGAUCCAUCAGUGGAAGACAUGAAAAAGGUCGUCUGUGACCAGAAACUGAGACCCAACAUUCCCAAUCAGUGGCAAAGCUGUGAGGCCCUGCGGGUGACGGGUAAGAUCAUGCGGGAGUGCUGGUAUGCCACUGCUACUGCUCGACUGACCGCGCUGCGCAUAAAGAAGACCCUCUCUCAGGUGACUGUCAUUAAGGACGUGAAAGACUAG